AUGAUUUCAACAAUCGGCACAACAACAAUUCAAACAACAGCACCAAACUCGUUAGUCAUGAAUCCAACAUCUAUGUUAGUAGAAAUGAAAAGCUUCAUUCCUUCUUCAUAUACUUUUGAAACAGAAAUCCAGAAGAUAAAGCAAGAACUUUUAACAAGUAAUUUAGACUGUAGUGCGAAAGAUGAAACAAAUGAACAGUAUCUUUAUGAAAUGCAGGACCUCAUCGACCAUUUACCCAAACUACCUGAAAUCCAACAACAAAAACUCACUAUUCCUGAAUUCGAUGAAAUUGAAGUCAAAGCAACUGACUCAGUAGAAAUAAAGAAGUUCAUACGAAAGGUAAACUAUGAGUUUCUAGGAUUUCAUUGCAACCAUAAGGUUAUGGACAAAGAUUGCGACAUGGUAUAUAAGAACAUCUCUGACAUAUAUAAAUCUGAAGAAUUUAAGACCUACGACAACUUUGUUUCGUUAGUUGCUGAAUGUGUAUGGCAGAUAAGAGAUAAAGAUAGAAGAGGUAAGGUAUGGAACAAACAAAUAAGACCCGCUAUGUUUGAGAUGAAGAGAGCAAUUGACGCUUUAGUUGUUUUAGCUGGUUUUAUUUCAAUGUAUAACGCAAAAAUGAACCCGCAAUGUUCUAAAUGUAAAGCAGCAAUGAGGAGAUAUAACUACUCCGUCAAAGAGAUAGAACGUAUGAGAAACGACUAUGCAGACUUAAAGAAAGAAGCAGAAAAACCAGCAGAAGAUAAAAUGAACAU